UUCAUCGACUUGUCUUGUUUUAUGUUCAUCAUUUCAUUCAUUGUUUCAACAUUUUGUUAUCCUUUUACUAAUUUGUUAAAUAUUUUUAAAGAGUUUUUUAAGGGAAUGGCUUGGUAUGAGAUUCCAAACACAACAACCUUCUCCAUAUGUUUUACUUUAGCCUUUGGAGUUGCUGUAAUAAUUUUCGUGCUUUGUUUAUGGGUGAAAGCAACAUGUGGAAUGUUCACAUCGAGUGUUCGAAUGGACGGGAAAACAGUUUUAAUCACUGGAGCAAAUAGUGGAAUCGGUAAAGAAACUGCAAGAGAUUUAGCAAAACGUGGUGCUCGUGUCAUCAUGGCAUGUAGAACUAUGGAUACUGCAUAUGAAGCUCGUGACGAAAUCAUCAAACAAACAGGAAAUGAAAACAUCUUAGUCAAAAAACUUGAUUUAAGUUCACAGAAAUCAGUUCGAGAUUUUGCUGAUGAGAUUCUCAUGAUAGAGAAAAGAAUUGACGUGUUGAUUCAUAACGCGGGUUAUGGGAACCCAUUCAACAAAGAAAAGUCCGUGGAUGGUAUCGAACUUACCAUGGCAACAAAUCAUUACGGACCGUUUUUAUUGACACAUUUGCUGAUUGGUCUCUUGAAGAAGUCAACACCAUGUCGCAUAGUGAUUGUGUCAUCAGGAUGGUAUUGGUUAGCUAGAUUUAAUCUGAAGAAAUAUUUGAAUGAAUUAGAUGGCCAACCAGUUUAUUUAUAUUACGUAUCAAAGAUCGCAAAUAUCAUGUUCGCAAUAGAAUUGGCAAAACGUUUACAAGGAACUGGCAUCACUGUCAAUUCUCUUCAUCCCGGUGUGAUAUAUUCAGGAAUUUGGAGAAAUGUUCCAUUUCCAAUGACCAUCGGACUCACUUUCUUAAACUAUUGCUUCUUUAAGACAGUUGUGGAAGGUGCACAAACAACAAUAAUGCUUGCUUGUUCUGAAGAACUUAAUGGUGUGACUGGAAAAUAUUUCUCCGAUUGCAAAGAAUGUGAACUUCAACCUUACGUUACGAUUUCAGAAGAUCAUAAACGUUUAUGGGAUGUGUCUAUAAAAAUUGUUAAACUCACCGACACUGAUCCAAAAAUCUUAUAAUUUUGUCACCCAGAAACUCUCCAAACUUGAAUAAAGCUUAACUUUAUUUUAUUUAAUGUAGCAAAGAAGAAUUUCACCAUAUUUGUAUAAAAUAAAAGCAUUUCAAUAAUUUAAUACACACAUAAAGAAAUGACAAUAAAAGUGCAUUAAUUUCAAUUGAAGACUAAU